GCCGGCGCGACUCAACUUCCUCCCACCAACCACCAUGCCUUCAGAGGAGACCAAGGAGAGAAUUAUUAAAGCUGUCGACCUUGCGAGGACAGUUGUCCACUACGCCUGGAUCCCGCUCAUCAUUUAUGUUGGCUAUACACGAAGUAACCCUCAGCCAUCGCUGAUCAAGUGCGUGCCUUUGAAUAU